AUGGCUUCCCAGAAAGUCAACGAACCUCCGAGUCCGUCCGCGUCAUCGAUAUUCUUGCCUCUAGGGAGACGGGGUUCCCGCAGCUCUUUGUCAACCCAAGCCGAACGCGAGACGUUAACAGAGGCACUGGAUCAGAUCCAUUCGGCGGCCUAUCAAUCCGACUCUCUUACGGUCUUCAACGAAUUUGCCAAUCCUCCCACCCCGUUAUCAGCCGUCGAAAACAAUAAUGUGCCGAGUGAUUCGCAGGGCGGACUUAGUGGACUAUAUAGUCGGUUGCGAGCGUCUGUUGGUGGCGCGAAGGAUAGUGGUAGUUCCGGACGACGAGUCGAAGGAGCCUCUACGCCUGUAAUCAACAAACAAACAGGCGGGGAAGAUAAUACGGUAGCCACGAAUGAUGUCCAGGCUUCAAAUCCCAGUUCGGCCCAUGCUUCCAAAACACAGACACCUUCAGUCGGAACUCUGUCACCCGCGACAGAGUCGUUCAACGCAGUCCAAAAUUUCAAAAAUUCCAAGCUCAUGUCAAAACCAAACAGUAUAUCUUCGUCCAAGACAUCACUAUCUUCAACUUCAGCAGUCAAAUCGCCCGUACCACCACCCACUAAAGCAACAGACCCCACAGUUACCGAGUUGAAUGUUAACGUUCCUCAUGAUGGUAGCCGGAACUUUGAAACAAGCAAUGGAACUUCGCCGCUGAGUAUGGAAACGGCCGUCACACAACACAAUGAUCCUUUGCGGUUUAAUGAAAUUGAACAUAUAGAUGGUGUAUCAAGCCGGCGGUCUUACUCGCCUAUACUGACCGCGAAAUUACCCAACGUCCACCGGGAGAGUUCGAAUCCGAAGGACCUGCUCAUCAAGUCAAGUUCCGGAAAUGCCAUGUCAGUAAAUGACAAGUCAGGGCGGGUGUUUGAUCGCCGAGAUCUUACUGAAUUGGACACAUCUGUCGGCUCUGGCUCCCGAAACGUGAAGCAUGCCGGAAACAGUGAUGAGGUUUUCAACACAGCACAGGGAAAUACCGCUACGACUUCUUCAAGCUCUAUUACUGUCGAUGGGUCAACGGCCCCAACAUCUGCGGGUGAUAGCAUACCACACGAGUUAGAUGAUGGCCUACCUACACAUAGUCGGCACCCUUCGAUCACUCAGUCAUCUAUUGUUUCGCUUGAAGACCGCGACGUGAAGAGUCCGGUUCCAUCGAAGCUUUCCAUUGAUAUACCUCAGGAAAAACUUGUCAACAGGGUCAGUACCAGUCGUUUACCGGGAUAUGUCAUGUCCAGAGCAUCAUCUAAUGAAACGGCUACCACCAACUCGGCUCUAAUGGGAUAUACUUUGCAGCAGCCUUACCGUCAACAACCUACUAACAAAGGCACGAGUACUCCAAAUAAUACACUCAAUCAAUUGAGAAGCAAAUUGUUGAGCAGGGAGUUUUGGAUGCGAGAUGAGAAUGCCAAAGACUGUUUCUUGUGCGGAGAACCUUUUACUACUUUUCGUCGAAAGCAUCAUUGCCGGACCUGUGGACAAAUCUUUGACUCAAAAUGUACAUCUCUGCUUCCGGGAGUUUAUUUCGGUCAAGGUAGCUCCGUCAGAGUCUGCAAGCCUUGUGAAGACAUGAUCAACUCGCGCGAAUACGAUUCUUCGGAUUUGUCAGACAUUGAGCAAAGUCCAGUAACAACCCCAAACCCGGGGAAUAUGGACUUUUCGAUCAAUGGAUCACCAGCUAAUGGUGCGAGAGAAGAUGAGGACGAUGCCUCUUCAAUCAGAUCCCAGUCUAUAGAGCAUGUGUUAAAAACACCAACUAUGGCGAUUCCGGCAACACGGCGUGUCAAUGAGAGCGGCAAUCGUCGAUCUGCUGUACUAGAAAUUGGGUCUGAACGACCAUUGACUCGCCCGACAUCUUCUAGGUCGUUGAGAUCAUCUGCAAAUCCAAGUCGUCAUCCAAUGGGCCACAAAAGGCAUCAUUCACGGCAACAGCAUCUUCGUGGUUUCAAACCAUAUCAUGAGGAUCGGGCACCGUUUCAACAACGUCGCCACUUAGAGGAUGCGAAUAAUACAGAUCGACUGCCUGCUUUUCAUCGUGACAAUAUUAUUGACCCAGAUCUCGCUCAAUAUUUAUCGGAUGACGCCUCCAGCGGUGAUGAGCAGCCAAAUUUACUUAGUGUUGCCUCUGACAAUAAUCUAGCCAAGAGCAGCGGUGAACAUGAACGAGCUACCUUUGGCGGUCUACUCGCAGCUGUGAAAAAAGGUCGCUCCCGUUUCAGUGACCGCAGUACCGCAAAUGGUUCAGGACUUAUACGGGAUCCUGAUGAUGCAAGUAUCGGCAGCUCUAAGGCAGUCAAUUUACCACGAAACUCUCGAAGACGAAACCUUAGCAUCGCUAGUAGCAUUCAUCAACGGCCGUCGCCGCGACUAUCUAAAGACAAUCCUCUAAUAUUGCAUGAUCAUCAGACGCCCAGCAACUCCCAGUUUGCUUACCCGUCAUCAACGAGCGGUUUCAAGAUGACGAGAAGCUCAUCUAUGAGGGGAUCUAGUGCUCCGGCGAUCGAACUGAACAGACUGAGUCUGGAACACGUUCGAAGGCUACUUCGACAACUCUUAGAAGAUUCUUCAAUACCGCACGCCAGCAGCUGGGAAACUGCUCUCUUACCUAUCCUACUCAGAGCUACGGAUGAUGUUGACCCUGACGUGCAGCGCGGUGAUGAUAUGGACAUCCGCCAUUACGUGAAGCUCAAGAAAAUUCCCGGAGGACGUCCUGGUGAUACGUCUUAUGUAUCUGGAUUGGUCUUUACAAAAAAUCUAGCCUUGAAGAGCAUGCCACGCAGUAUUCCUCAGCCAAGGAUUCUCAUCAUCACAUUCGCUAUAGAAUAUGCACGUCAUCAACAACAUUUUAUGAGCCUGGAGCCGGUUAUUCGCCAGGAACGAGAAUUUCUCGAGAAUCUCGUUUGCAGGAUCGCGGCACUACAACCAAACUUACUUCUCGUUGAGAAGAGCGUAUCUGGUUUAGCACUCGAGCUCCUCGAGAAGUCGAAUAUUGCCACGGCUUACAAUGUUAAACCCUCCGUGCUAGAAGCUGUUUCGAGGUGCACACAAACGAGGAUAAUUACCUCCAUGGAUAAACUAGUUACAAUACCAACACAUACAGGGCAUUGUGACAGUUUUGAUUUGAAGACUUACGUCUAUGGCGGUAGGAGAAAAACAUACAUGUAUAUCUCUGGCUGUGCUAAAGAACUUGGUUGUACGAUUGUCUUACGUGGUGCGAACGGCGAGGUCUUGUCGAGGGUCAAGCGUAUUACUGAGUUCAUGGUCUACGUUGUCUACAAUCUGAAAUUAGAAACGUGUCUGAUGAGAGACGAAUUCGCAAAAAUUCCUACGGUUGACGAUUUCAGCAAUGGACUUCCAUCUUCUACUGGGGAGAAAUCUGCAACUGCCAAGACUUCUCUUACUUCCGAAAUUGCUACCGUCCCUGAGGAUGCUGGUCAAUCAGACGCGAAAGAGGCUCCUGAAUCGCAGGCAAACAUUGUCCCUGCUACCGUGGAGGUGCCUGAUGAUGUCCCCAUGCCUACUUACUACGAGGACAUGGUUGAGAAACACCAAACCAAAAUACUCUCUGCUUCACCAUGUGUGAAAUUCGAGCCUCCGUAUCCGCUCAUGCGAGCAAGAGAAUUAGAGCGCCGGGUAUCCUAUCUAGCACGCUUGCGCGAUAGAAUCGUUCAGAGCUCGGAUGAGAAAAACAAAUCUCAGAAAUUCGUAUUGAUCACACCUGAGCUCGUUCACCAAAACCCGGACAAUGCGUCGGUCAAAGUAAGAGAAGUUUUACGCGCGGUUCAUGAGGCGGAAUUGGAUAGAGCUAUGCACAAUUAUCUGACACAGAAACGACAAUGGGAAGCCUAUCUUUCAGGAAACUCCAACCUAUUCGAUCCAUACGCUCAUCAGAACAUUGUCGUCCUCUACAGCCUAGUGUGCACCACCACCUCUAUACCAUGCUCAGGCCCCGAUAUCUUCGCGUUGGAUUUCUACAAUGAACACGAAAGUGAUGAUCAAGUGUUUGAGCCCGACUUUACUUUGGGCCAAUACGUGGAAGAUUUGUGUGUGGAGGCCAACUCGGUUUGCACUGCUAACGGAUGCGAGAACCUCAUGCAUGAACAUCACCGACAAUAUGUCCAUGGGGAAGCACAGAUCAGUAUAUUUGUGCAGCCCUAUCCAUCGAAAUUGCGUGGUCUUCAAGACACUAUUCUGAUGUGGAGUUGCUGUAAAAUAUGUGGAAAUGAGACGCAAGUGAUUCCUAUGUCUGCAAACACAUGGAGGUAUUCAUUUGCGAAAUAUCUGGAGUUAUCAUUUUGGAGUAGAAAUCUCCGUGUUCGGGCCGGGGUUUGUCAACAUGACAUUCAUCGCGAUUACUUGCGAUUUUUUGGAUUCAAGGAUAUGGCAUUGCGAAUCCAUUAUGACCCUAUUACCUUGCUUGACAUUAUUGUGCCUCGCACACGGGUGACUUGGAAAGUUGAUAACGACUUACGUCUGCGAAAUGAGGUAUACAACAAGUUCGAACACCGCAUCUCCAAGUUUAUGUUAUCUGUGAAGAACCGAUUAAAGAGCAUACGUGUCGAGAAUAUCAUGCCCGAAAAGGUUGAUGAUUUCAGGAAGGAGAUCGAAGUACUGGUGAAAAAGGCAAACGAUGAUCACAACGAUUUGACAAAGCACUUACAGGAACAAUACAUGAAUUCACGUUAUUGGGAGGUCAUUCCGUUGAACGAGGUUCUUCGUGCUGUUCAAGAAAAGGUUGUCGAAUGGGACACUACUUUUGCAGACUUUGAGAGAAACUUCUUCCCCUCGGAGAAGGAUAUCAGACGCUUGGCCUCGUUACAACUGAAGAAAAUUUUCCUCGACAAGGAUGCCUCGGCCACUUCUCUUACGUCUACCGAAGAGACGCCAACCACCCCAACUGAAAAAGAUCCCUCUGGAAUUGAGGAAGAAGCUGAGCAGCCAAGGUCAAUGCGCCGCAUGACUUUAUCCCCAGAAAAAGCGAAAGAUGUACUUGUUUCUGUUGUUGAAGAGCAUUCCGGAAAGCCUGGGUUGCAGGAUGAAGUCACAGAACCCGCGGACCCUAUUCCUGAUAUUGGACCAGCAACUGUGCCUGACUCAAGCGUGGCCAGCCAAGAAGUAGAACAUCUUGACCUUGCUGUUUCAACAAGUAUGUCAGAGGAUAUUCAACUUGAACGCCAAUCUUCGAUAGAUCUACCUCAAAUAUCACGAGUUGCGACGUCGCCUCCAUAUUCCGGUCGAAUGACGCCAUCUCCAGAACUAAUCAGUCGACCGAGCUCGGGGCUGAACAAAAGACGUCCCACAGAAUUUACAACAAGCCCUAAACAGAUACCUUCAUCGUCUGGCAUUCCCCGACUCACCGAACAGAGCGCCAGGGCUAGUGGAAAAGCAAAAUCUCCCCCCAUGUUCCGAACUCAGUCCCAGCCAUUACAGACAUUGCGAGAAAAGGGAGCCAACGGUUCCAGAAACUUAUUGAAAUUGACGCCUGGUAGCUCGAGCAAAAAACAAAAUCCUCUUCCCAAUCCUUCGGGUCAUGAGAGACCGAAGUUUGGAGAAAAGAAGUUUUCUGAUCGGAUUGGUUUGGCUACUUUAAACAAGAAUAAAACCACCAAUAGUCAUUCCUUCAUUCCUCGCUCAAUCACACCAAAGAACAAGAGUCCCCGUGUCUCAAGUCUAGCGAGACAUUUUGAACAGCUGAGCAGGGAAUUCGAAAAGGAAAGGCAGCGUGAAAGAUUGCAAAGAGCAGCAAAAAGCAAGCACUCGCGGGCAUAUCCCAUCAUAUCUUCCAGAGCGACUGUUGAGGUUUAUAAGAACGUACGAGAAGCUGUGGAAGAGCGAGAACCAUCGGGAGAUGGCGAUGAUCUUAUUUCUGACGCAGGACGAUCGUCAUCAGAGAGCAAAGCCGACAAAAUAAGUGAAGAACCAUCUGAGAGCAAAGCUUCAACGCACAAAGAGCUUGUUCUUGAGAAUCCAACUUCCCCAGAGAACGAGCCGAACACAGUAGCUGAAAAUAUUUCGGAGGCAGAAGAUGUCCAAAGUGAUGAGGAUCAAAGCUUAACACCGACAGAAUCGCCUGAAGAAUCAAUGAAGAUGGAAGAUGAAUUGGAUCUGAAAGAACUUCCCAAGCAUGAACGGAAUACCUUAGUCAAACUGCUGGCUAAUUUCUGGGCGGAACGAUCUGCUAGCGGGUGGCAAGCGCUCGAUUACCCUUUGAAGGUAUCCGAUCACGUAUUCGCAGAUUGCGAUAUCAUCGUUCGUGAAGAUGAGCCCAGUUCUUUGAUAGCAUUCGCUCUAGAUUCUUCGGAUUACAAGAGCAAGCUGGCCAGUAUUCAAGAUCACUACGAUAAAGAAGAAUGGCAACAUGACCAUGCUUCUGGAGUGGAGGCGCGGGACCAGGCUAGGGUAGAGAGCGCUCUUCUACGGCCAACUGGAACUCAUCUCAAGUAUCAAUUUCAAGAAGGCCAGGCAAAGAUGCUGUGCAAGGUAUUCUAUGCCGAACAGUUCGAUGCAUUGCGUAGGAGAUGCGGUGUUGCAGAUCGCAUCGUCGAAUCACUCUCUCGAUGCGCCAAGUGGGAUUCGAAAGGCGGCAAGACAAAGUCAUUAUUUCUCAAGACACUUGAUGACAGAUUCGUUCUCAAAUCACUAUCACAAAUCGAAACGCAAGCGUUCUUGAAAUUUGCUCCUGCCUACUUCCAAAUCAUGUCCGAAGCUCUGUUCCACGAGCUUCCUUCUGCGAUUGCCAAGAUGUUUGGCUUCUAUCAAGUCAUCAUUAAGAACCCAGUCACCGGAGUGGAGUUCAAUUGGUUCCUGCUUCUAAUGGAGAACCUAUUCUACGACCGAGUACCAACACGCAUAUUCGAUCUCAAAGGCUCAAUGCGAAACCGUAAAGUCCAAAGCACCGGUGAACGCGACGAAGUCCUGCUCGACGAAAAUAUGGUCGACUUCAUCUAUGAAACCCCCUUGUUCACUCGCGAACAUUCUAAAAAGCUCCUCAGUCAGAGCGUUUGGAACGAUACGCUAUUCCUUGGUCGACAAAACGUCAUGGAUUACUCGCUGAUGAUUGCAAUCGACGAACCACGCAAGGAACUCGUCGUCGGUAUCAUCGACUGCAUCAGGACGUAUACAUGGGACAAGAAACUCGAAUCCUGGAUCAAGGACCGCGGAUUUGCAGGUGGAGGCAAGAAUAGACCGACUGUGACGAGUCCGAAGGAGUAUAAGAGUCGAUUCCGACAAGCGAUGGCUAGAUAUGUUCUUCAAGCUCCAAACUGCUGGCACGAGUUCCACUCCACAUUUUCAGACAACCGCCGCAUCGAAAACCACCUUUCUCACAUGCAGACACCUCUCGACAUAGAGACCAGCGAUUUGACCAUCCAUACGAAUAGCGAAUAG